AAAGAGGGAGAGGGGGAGGAGGGAGGAUCUCCAUCGGUGCCUCGGGCGGCGAAGGGCACUACGCCGGUAUAUAAGGGCCGCGGAGCCGCUGGUUUAUGCAUUCAGUUCGACUCCUUCACACAACGAUGACGACCAAAACUGUGGUCUUGUGUGCCCUUUUGGCAGUCACGGCGACAAUUCCUCGAGGGGUUCUCUCUAACCCAGCAAAAUUAUAUCAGCCUCCUGAUGUAGGCAGUCCUGGAGUUUCUUCUAGUGGGGGAUUUGGAGGUUCCGGUGGUUCUUCGGCGGGUGCUUUUGGGGCGUCUUCUGGUGCACAUGGAGGAUCAGGAAGUGGAGGAUUCGGUGGUUCAUCUGGAGCAGGAUUUGGUGGUUCAUCAACUGCUGGAGGACUUGGCAGCGGUGGCUUCGGAGGUUCAGCUGGUAGCGGUUUUGGUGCCUCCGGAUCUGGAUUUGGAGGCUCAGUAGGAUCUGGUGGGGCUGGCAGUGGAGGCUUCGGAGGUUCAGCAGGAAGUGGUUUUGGUUCCUCAGGAUCUGGAUUUGGAGGCUCUGUAGGAUCUGGUGGUGCUGGAUUUGGAGGUUCUGCAGGAUCUGGUGGGGCUGGCAGUGGAGGCUUCGGAGGCUCAGCAGGAAGUGGUUUUGGUUCCUCAGGAUCUGGAUUUGGAGGCUCUGUAGGAUCUGGUGGUGUUGGAUUUGGAGGUUCUGCAGGAUCUGGUGGGGCUGGCAGUGGAGGCUUCGAAGGCUCAGCAGGAAGUGGUUUUGGUUCCUCAGGAUCUGGAUUUGGAGGCUCUGCAGGAUCUGGUGGUGCUGGAUUUGGAGGUUCUGUAGGAUCUGGUGGGGUUGGCAGUGGAGGCCUCGGAGGUUCAGCAGGAAGUGGUUUUGGUUCAUCAGGAUCUGGAUUUGGAGGUUCCGCAGGAUCUGGUGGUGCUGGCAGUGCAGGCUAUGGUGGUUCAGCAGGUAGUGGUAUUGGUGCCUCAGGAUCUGGUUUUGGAGGUUCCUCAGGAGCUGGAUUUGGAGGUUCUGUAGGAUCUGGUGGGGCUGGCAGUGGAGGCUUCGGAGGUUCAGCAGGAAGUGGUUUUGGUUCCUCAGGAUCUGGUUUUGGAGGUUCCACAGGAUCUGGAUUUGGAGGCUCUGUAGGAUCUGGUGGUGCUGGAUUUGGAGGUUCCGUAGGAUCUGGUGGUGCUGGAUUUGGAGGCUCCGUAGGAUCUGGUGGUGCUGGAUUUGGAGGUUCUGCAGGAUCUGGUGGAGUUGGCAGUGGAGGCUUUGGUGGUUCAGCAGGAAGCGGUUUUGGUGCCUCAGGAUCUGGUGGUUACCAAGGUCCCUCUGCUCCUGUCGUUCCUAUUCUUGCUGAUGAACGUGAUGGUCCACACGCUGAUGGUUCUUACAGCUUCAACUUCGAAACUGGUGAUGGCAUCAGCCGUCAAGAACAAGGAUAUCCACAGGGUGAAACUGGAGCUGUGGCACAGCAAGGUGCAUGGUCAUUCACUUUCCCAGAUGGUACCCCAGCUAACUUCCAGUUUGUUGCCGAUGGAUCUGGUUUCCGUGUAGAAUCAGACCUUCUGCCAACUCCUCCUCCUCUUCCACCUCAUGCCAUCGCUCAGAUUGAGAAAGCAGCUCUUGAGGAUGCUGCUGCCAGUGCUGCUGGAGCUCAGGGAGCUUACAGUGGAGGUUCCCAAUCUGGCUCCGGUGCCGGCUUAGGCUCUGGAGCAGGAUUUGGUUCUGGAGCAGGAUUUGGUUCUGGAGCAGGAUUUGGCUCUGGUGCUGGCUCAGGAUCUGGAGCAGGAUUUGGCUCUGGUGCCGGCUCAGGAUCUGGAGCAGGAUUUGGCUCUGGUGCCAGCUUAGGCGCUGGUGCCGGCUUAGGCUCUGGAGCAGGAUUUGGCUCUGGUGCCAGCUUAGGUUCUGGAGCAGGAUUUGGCUCUGGCGCUGGCUUAGGCUCUGGAGCAGGAUUUGGUUCUGGUGCCGGCUUAGGCUCUGGAGCAGGAUUUGGCUCUGGUGCCGGCCUAGGCUCUGGAGCAGGCUUUGGCUCAGGAUCUCAGGGAUCUGGUGCUGGAUUUGGCUCUGGAUCAGGAUCUCAAUUUGGCGGCCCCGUAUCAGUUCCAGCACCGCAAACUCCAGGCAGAACCUACGGUUUACCUUGAACAGACUCAAGAAUCUUCUCAGCACGACCCACCUGAUGUGUGAUGUUCCACUCUAUCAAAAGGAUACAUCAUUCACUAUGCAUAAGAUUACUUGUUCAGAAGAUGCAUAUAACUAACCGAUUAUUGUCAUCAUAUGACACUGGCGAUUGUUAUAUUAUGUAUUACUGACUGAAUCACUUCACUGUAUCACAGGGACCACUGAAUUUCUCAGUGCUUUCUUGUCUAGACAUUCACUUAGGUAAAGGUGCUGUUAUUGACUCCACACAGGUGACAAAAAUACGCUUAGUAGUUGUAGUUACUGUUAAUGAUGAAAUAUAAUUUUUGUUAAAA